GGCCUCAUUGCCACGUCUCUUCAGAGUAGCAGGGGCAGCCGGGAGCCGUCGUGGCGGCAGGAGAAGAGGAAAACGAGAAGCGCGUUGAGAGGGCCGGGUCUCUCCCUCUCCCCAGCUUGGUGGGCUCCUGGGAGCUUGCAAGUGGCAGCAGUGGCGAUAACACCCGUUCUCGCUCAUGGUGCCGCUGGAGAGGCGGGUAUUAGCUGUCCCACCCAGUUUAGUGUCAUCUGCAGAUUUGUUAAUCAUUCCCUGCAGUUCCUCAUCCAGAACCUUAAUACAAGUUUUGAAGAGCUCCGGGCCCUUGAUUGAACCCUGCAGUUGUGCACUUGUUAUCUCUCCUCAGUUUGAGGAGGUGCCAUUGAUGCAUAUCCUUUGAAUCUGAUUCUGUUGCCAACUGUGGAUCCUCCUGAUAGUUGUCCCAUUUAGCCCACUUUUGGCCAGUUUGCUUAUCAGGAUGUUGUGGGGCACUGUGUCAAAGGCUUUGCUAAAGUAAAGAUAUAUUGUGUCCGCAGCAUUCCAAAGUCUAUCAGAGAGGACGGACCUUUAUCGUAUCAUUGAGUUGUCAAAAGGGUUGGGAGAAUCCAUUUACAUUUACCAUUUAUUAAUGUCCAGGUAAAUAAUUUGAAGGAGCAUAUACAUCAAGCCUGUUCCAGUGCAAAAGUUAUCUGUGUAAUAGCCUCCUUCCAAAAUAAGGGACUAUUGGAUAUUGGCCAAACAUAAGAAGUAUUAGCAGAAUUGCACCACCAACAAUCCAUGCCUUAUUUUAGGGAUAUUUGUGGGUUGUCUAACCUUAAGCCCACACCUGCUGCCUGAGGUUGUCUGACAUGACAAGUUUGGUGUUGUAGGUUCCAUGCAAAAAUGGAAUAAAUAUAGCCACAUUAUUUGCAUAUAGCAGUAGUGUGGUUUUCUGAACAGACAACUACAGCAAGAAAUCUAGGCAGAACUGAGAGAAAAUCUCUAGUAACAGGAAUAAUAUUGCAAAGGUAUAUUAUUAAAUAAAAAGUGUCUUCCUUUUUGCAAAAUGCCAAAUUUGACCUGAAAUAUUUGGGGUACUGCCUAUCUCAUAAUACCCUACAUCUCUAAUUCCUACAAAUAUGGAAUCCAAUGCUGACAUAAUCCAGUAUGCUAAUAAAGCCAGGCAGUGAUCCACAGUAGGGUAUCCAGCUUUAAAUUAAGUUUGUUUAUCUCCAGUCCAUAACUGUGAACCUUACUGGGUGCUGUUGCCAUCAGCAGAUCUGUACUGUCAUGGCUAUCUUUGGUAGCAGAGGCCCAUGAAUCCCCAAUACUACCAGUGGGGCCCCAUGACCUUUCCUGUGGAGGAACCAUGAGCACUGAUUCUUUCAACCUUGCCACUGGUUUCUGCAGUCCCAUCACUGGUUUCAGUGGCACAAGAAUUGUUUCCUUCAUUCCAGCCACCAGUUCCUACACUCCAGUUGACAGUUCCUACCACCAGCCACCUGUCUGCACCCAGUCUGCCCCAUCUUGAUCACCUUCCUUGCCAUUCAACCAGUUCUCCUUGGAUCAGGCUGAUUAUGCAUCCAAUUCAGAACAGCUGCCAAUCUACAAUGAUCCAGUGUCCUCAUCUCCAGAGAACAUCAUCCCUCUCCAAAGACCUGGGAAGGUUCUCUGAAUAGGUCCUCUGAAUGGCAACAUUGAUUGAGCUGGACACAUAGCAACUCAGCAGACCGCCUGUGGACCAGAUGUUGUGCAGACAGAGGGCAUUGUGCUGGCCACCAUUUCCUUUCUUCCCAUGUGCCUUCAUUCCAUGAAGGAACCAUGGAAGGCCCUGUCACAGCUGCAGUCAACAUCACAUGGUUUGGAGAGCCUGUGCUGCGUCCAGGAGGAGACCAUCCCAUUCCUGCUACAUCAUCCAUGGCUGAAUUUGGUUAUUGUAGCGUCAGCACAGAGGGUGCACACCACCCCAGUGGAUUGUGAGGGAUGCCAUUUGGACAUCAUGGCAAGGAGGGUCUAUGCAGACCUAGGCCUCUGCAUCUCUACAAGGCAACCAUGAAAAGAUACUAGGUCUUCCUAUGGGAGAAAACAUUUUCAGAUUUAGGUAACCCUAUGCAAAUAAUUUUGCAUAGGAAAUGCUUUCAGAAAAUCAUCCAGAAUUUUUUCUAAUUUGAAGUCUUAUCACAAGGCACAACAGUCUCCAGGCGUCUGUCAGGACUGUCUUACGUGCGUUCCUCUGAAAUGCUAAGACUAGUCCUAUGAGUUUUCAAAUGGUUGUUAUUAGCCUUACUAUCUCAGAAUCCUUGAGUAGGAGGGAAGGCUAACUCCAAGCUUGUGAAAUUUACUCUCCUACUAAAAUUUACUCUCCUACUAAAAACAAAAAGAUUGUCAACUAUAGCCAGGAAAAGAAUGGGGAAAGAGCUGAACCCCCUUGGGUCAUGAGAAUAUUGUGAAUUGCCCAAAGAUUGCUGUGAACUGCUCAGAGUGCUUGAGCUAUUGGGCAGUAUAGAAAUAAAGAUAAUGACAGCAUAAGAAGAAUCAUGCUGCAACAGGUCAAGUGUCCACCUAGUCCAGUGCUAUGUUCACACAGUGGCCAACCAGCCACUCACCAUAGGUCAACAGCACCUUCCCACUCAUGUUUCCCAGCAUGCCAAGUCUAUAGGCAUAAUACCUCUGUUUCUGGUGGUAGCAUAGAACCAUUAGGGCCAGUCACCCUUGAUAGCCUUGAAUAAAUUCGUUGAAUCACCUUUCAAAAUCCACCUAGGUUGGUGGUCAUCACUAUUUACUAUGGAACUGUGUUCCAUAGUAAAUAUACUGUGUCAUCAAGUACCUUUUACCUGUUCUGAAUCUUUUACCAAAUCAGCUUCAUGGGAUGAACCUGGGUUCUGGUGUUAUGAGAGAGGGAGAAAAAAAAGGUCUCACUAUGUUUCUCCUUAUUAACCCUUUUCCUAAGCUAAACAAUCCUAGCUGUACCCAUUCCUCAUAGAAGAGUUGCUUCAGCCAUUUUGCUGCACAACCAAGUUCACCAUCUGCUGUUGCCUUCCGUGGUGGCAAAAGCUGCUUGCACUGUGCAUGGGACUCAAUUCCUUAGCUGGGAAUUCUUUUAAAUUGUUAUCUAGAUCUCAGGGCAAAGGCUGCCAGAGGUGAAAGAGGUGGAUUGGUUCCUGGUCAUGCCCGGUGGAAGGAGGGGACCCAGCCGGCAGCAGCUAAGCCGUUCAGCUUUGCCUUCUCUGCAGACGUUGGUUGGUGGGAACUGUGGCAACGGCACUGGUCUGAGAAAUAGGAAUGGUAGUGCUGUCAACCUCUCUGCCCCUCCUAUCACAGCUUUGAUUACUCCUGAGCCUGUGCGACACUGCCGAAUCCCAGAGCUGCCUGUGGACGGGAAUCUUCUGUUUGAAUUCCUCUUUUUCAUUUACCUGCUGGUGGCCCUUUUUAUUCAGUAUAUUAAUAUUUACAAGACUGUGUGGUGGUAUCCAUACAAAUACCCUGCCUCCUGCACAUCAUUGAACUUUCACCUCAUUGAUUACCAUCUGGCUGCAUUUAUCAUAGUGAUGCUAGCACGGAGACUGGUAUGGGCCCUCAUCUCAGAGGCCUUGCAGAUGGGUACUAUGUCAGUGAUUCACUAUAUGGCACUGAUUCUGGCACGCCUGGUGCUGCUCACCCUUUGUGGAUGGGUGCUCUGCUGGACUUUGGUCAACCUCUUCCAUAGCCAUUCUGUCCUCAAUCUUCUCUUUCUUGGGUACCCGUUUGGUGUCUAUGUCCCACUGUGCUGCUUCCAUCAAGACAGCAGGACACAGCCAAUUCCAACAGACUGCAGCUACUUGGUUCAGGAUCAGCUAGUGGAUACUGGUGCCUCAGGGGUUGCCUGCCUGGUCAAACCCAAAGACUUCCUCUCUCUCCUGAGAGAGUCUUUGAGAGAACAGUUCAACAACCCCAUAUCUAUUCCCACACACAGCUGUCCCUUGUCCCCAGACCUCAUUCGUAAUGAGGUGGAGUGCCUGAAAGCAGAUUUCAACCGCCGAAUCAAGGAGGUUUUGUUCAAUUCCCUCUUCAGUGCCUACUAUGUGGCAUUCCUGCCACUGUGCUUUGUGAAGAGCACCCAGUACUACGACAUGCGUUGGUCCUGCGAACACCUCAUCAUGGUGUGGAUCAAUGCUUUUGUCAUGCUGACCACACAGCUGCUUCCUCCCAAGUAUUGUGACUUGCUACACAGAUCAGCUGCCCACUUGGGCAAGUGGCAGAAGCUGGAACAUGGUUCAUACAGUAAUGCCCCCCAGCACAUCUGGUCAGAGAACACAAUAUGGCCACAGGGAGUACUAGUGCGGCAUAGUCGAUGCCUGUACAAAGCAGUUGGGCCUUAUAAUGUAGCGGUGCCUUCAGAUGUUUCUCAUGCCCGCUUUUAUUUCCUCUUUCACCGUCCAUUGCGGCUCCUUAACCUGCUGAUUCUUAUAGAAGGCAGUGUUGUCUGCUAUCAGCUGUACUCCCUGCUUCGCUCGGAAAAGUGGAACCACACACUCUCGAUGGCGCUGAUACUCUUCUGCAACUACUAUGUUUUAUUUAAACUCCUACGGGACCGGAUGGUAUUGGGCAAAGCGUACUCUUAUCCUCUCAACAGCUAUGGGUUAAAAGCCCAUUAAUCAAUCAAUCUGAGGAAGGGAAUGAUAUUUUCAUACAGUUCUAUUUUUUCCUUGCAACUGUUUAUAAAUAUUUAAAUAAGUAUUUUAUAUUUUGUAUACUACUGUUUUUUGUGGGGUAGGGAAGGGCCAAGUGGCAAUUAAAUGUCGCUUUAUAAAAAAGGUGUUAUUUUAUAUCAAGCCCAUAUGUAUAUACUGUAUAUCAACAUAUAACUAUGUGCAGUGAGAGCA